UUAUCAAAUAUCAAAAUUUAUUUAUCAAAAAUCAAAAAUUAUUUAUCAACAAUCAAGAAAUAUUUAUCAAAUAUCAAGAAUUAUUUAUCAACAAUCAAGAAUCAUUUAUCAAAUAUCAAGAAUUAUUUAUCAACAAUCAAGAAUUAUUUAUCAAAAAUCAAGAAUUAUUUAUCAAAUAUCAAGAAUUAUUUAUCAACAAUCAAGAAUCAUUUAUCAACAAUCAAGAAUUAUUUAUCAACAAUCAAGAAUUAUUUAUCAAAUAUCAAGAAUUAUUUAUCAACAAUCAAGAAUCAUUUAUCAAAUAUCAAGAAUUAUUUAUCAAAAAUCAAGAAUUAUUUAUCAAAAAUCAAGAAUUAUUUAUCAAAAAUCAAGAAUUAUUUAUCAAAAUCAAGAAUCAUUUAUCAAAAAUCAAGA